UCAGUCAUGAAAAUGGAAGUGCCGCGAUCAGGUCGUACACUGACCAUAGUCUGGUUUGCUUUAGUCUGGUUUGGUCCACACUUUACACCACUCGUUCAGUCCGAGAAACAGUCAGCUUGUGAUCGUACAUACCCCAGUGAUGUACAGUGCGGUAUAACAGUGCUCCGGCCGUCAAAUGGAACCUCUUUGCCGAAGCACUCGGCGGAAGCGGUCCGUGGAGAGUUUCCUUGGCAUGUGGCCAUCUUCCACCAAGAGUACAGUAGCCCGGUGUACGCUUGCGGAGGAUCGUUGGUGAGCGAUCGAUUCGUGAUCACAGCGGCGCACUGCGUCGUCAAUGCAAACAAUGGCUAUCCACUAUCAAAGGACAAGUUCUUCCUGCAGCUAGGAUACCACGAGUUGGGUGUGGCAGAAGAAGGUUGCACUCAGGAUCUAGGUGUAAAGAAAGUGCACUUACAUCCACAAUUUCGCAGCGGAACACAUCGACAUGAUCUGGCUAUGUUGGAGAUAGAACAACCCGUUCGUUUCAACGAUCGCGUCCUACCGAUUUGUCUCGACACGGGCGAUCAAGACCCUAAGAGUCUGUUUUAUCGAAACAUAGGCAAGGUUCCUGGCUGGGGCUACACCGAGUUCGAUGAAAUCUCUUCUUGGCUCCAUAUGACCGAGGUUCCGAUAGUCACAAUGACCCAGUGUAUUUCCCACAACCCCGUCGGUUUCGCCCACACCAUUCACGAUGGAAUGUUUUGUGGUGGUUAUGCCAACGGGACAAACGUCUGCAACGGUGACUCGGGCGGAGGACUCGUCACGUAUCGGAAUAAACGCUGGGAGCUACAGGGUAUCGUUUCGUUCACCGGCCUUCGGGAUGAAAUGGAUAAAUUAGUUUGCGACACCCAUCAGUAUGCGGGAUUCGUGAAGGUACGCUACUACAAAGCUUGGAUCGGUAGUAUUCUCUUCGGUGACAACGAAUUGGCAAUACACAACGAAGAAGCACAAAAUACAUCGAUAACGACAGAAUCGUCGAAGCUUCCGACCGAUUGUGGUAAAAGACUGAUCACCACAGUGCCAGCGAUCGUUAACGGUGUUCGUAGUCUCGCGGGACAAUGGCCCUGGCAUGCGGCCAUAUUCAGCGUCCACCAGCGAUCUCGUGAAUACUUGUGCGGUGGAACACUAGUGAGUGCUAGCUGUAUACUAACUUUAGCUAGUUGUGUCACUGAUUGGCACCCCCGAAACCGUCCGUUUAUCGUUCAACUUGGUCAAGCUCAGCUGUUCCAAAGCUCUAUCACAGGCCGGGAAGUACGAGUUCUCAACGUGGAAAAGAGCGACGAUAGCACCAUGGCUCUGUUAAGGCUAGAGGUGGACGUUCAGUACGAUAACCACAUACAACCAAUCUGUUUACCGAGUACGGCUGAUGUCGUCGACUCCGACUUUGCUACGAGUCGCGUCGGUACAGAUGGGAUGGUAACCGGCUACGGUCAAACAGAUCCUACUGGACCACUAUCACACUACCUUCAGGCCACCCUGAUGCCCAUCGUCGAUAGUAAGAUAUGCGUUAUGCGUGGCAUCUUCGACGAAGGCAGUGCUCUCAAAAUGUUCUGUGCGGGUCGUGGUAAUGGUACAAACGCGUGCAAAGGUGACGAAGGUGGUGGAUUCUACGAGGUGAACCAGCAAGGGGCAUGGAUUAUCACGGGCGUCAUUAGCGGGAUCAAGCUCUACCGCAAACGAUGCGACCCGAAAGGAUACGUCGGGCUAGCUGAUGUGCCAUUCUAUAUCGAGUGGCUUUUGGAUCGGAUCGGCAGUAUCGUGGCAGAACCCUCAGACACUAUCAACAGCCCAGUUACCACCGAGGUCUCAGAUAAACACAAAUCGGAACAACAGGUGUAUCACGAACAGCAACAAAAUAGUGGAUAUUGA